ACUUUCUGCCUCGCACGUGACGAUACCGACCCGCGUCGACCUUGCGAUGUAAACAUACGUCGGGAAGUGCCGUCGUACUAGCCGGAGAGCUUGUUUGAUCGAUAAAACUGCCAAGAGAAACGAUUUAUCAUGUUAAACCUCGUGACGAGAUCCGACAUAAUCUCCAGGCUGUCCCGCAAUUUAUUCCUCCGUCGAGUUUCGGUCAGGAAGCGAGCCGUUUUACAAUCGAGCAGGCCCAGCAGUCACGUUGCAGGUUAUGUCCACCGCAAUUCAACACGCUUUUCGAGGAGGGAUCCGCGAACGUUGCCGCAGUUGUCUGUAAAAAGUUUCAGCGCGGACACUGGAGUCUCGUCAGAAACCGAACUCAACCUAGUGCAAUACGAGAAGAUUUGCAAUGAGACUCUGGAAUCGUUAAGCGAGUACUUUGAGGAACUGGUUGAGGAAGCGGCGCACCUGUCGGAUGCCGAUGUAUCCCACGGAGACGGCGUGCUAACUGUCACGUUCGGCGAGCCACACGGCACUUACGUUAUAAACCGUCAGAGGCCGAACAAGCAGAUUUGGCUGUCCUCUCCGAAAUCCGGGCCGAAACGUUACGAUUUCGUAAACGGCCAAUGGAUAUACAAGCACGACGGCAAGAGCUUGCACGAGCUGCUUAAUAAUGAAAUGCCAGCAAUCGUGAGAGGCGAGGUGUGCUUCGACAGAUGCUCCUUUAGCGGCAGAGAGAAACAAGCUGAUGGAUAGUUCUAAGAAGUAAUAUUUAUAGAGGUUUACUUACAAACCGCAUGAAUCUAGGCUCACUUGAUAUUACGUUACACCGGUGACUAUUGGACGUUACCGAAGGUCAGAUUUACAAAAGUUGCACAUGGAAUCGGUGUAAGACCCGCUAAACGCCGAAAUCUGUAUAUAUUAGUGCAACGGUGUAUUUUUAGCAACUGCAAUAAAGAAAUUUCAUGUGAGUAACUUUAAUGUCAAACGACGAUAUUGCACACUUGCACCGCAAUGAAUUUCUGCCAUGGCACAUGUACGUUAUUUAUUAUUGUGCUUUAUAUUGCGACAUGUACGAAAUAUUGAGAAAUGUGAGUUAUCUUAAAGACAGUGUGUAGAACAGUAUAUUGCUGUUAUACACUAAAUAUAUAGGAUGUCCCCGUGUGUAUCCCGAAUGUAUACAUAUAUUAGUAUGCUUGAUCUAACUGACAGGAAUGUAUUUUCAGUCCAUUCUUUCGUCUGUCUCUUCUUAGAUAACAUAGAAAAGGAUAGAGAGUCGACUAACUUCUGGUUAACAAUUGACCAGAAAAUGAAAAAUCUCAGUCUUUAAAAAUUAGACCAGUUUCUCUAAGAUAGCUUGUACAUUAUUCAAAAUUAAAUUGACAGUUUUGUAUACACUUUUUAUACUGUAAAUAAAUUACUAAUAAACGCAGCAUCAAAUAC